AUGAAUAUAAAAGAAGGUUUAAAAAGUUCAAUAGAAUACAAUUUAGAGGAAUGUAAUAAGUCAGAAGACAUAAUAAUAGGUAGCUGUCAAGCAGAAUCAUUUCUUCAUCUCAAAUUAGUUUUUGAGGAUGAAAAUAUCAAUGCGGAGUCAAAGUCAUCAGCCAUACUAUCUUUUGUUGAGUUUAAAACACAAUCUGCAUUCAUUUUAUCUUCUUCAGACUUCAUUAUUGUAAGAAUUUUAAAAAUUCAUUCAAAAAUGAUAAUUCCUCCAGAAGAAACAGAAAUUCAUGAGCUGCAUAUAGGCGAGUAUCUAAAAAUAUCUAAUUUAUAUGCUUCUCUCAAAUUAAUUAUUGAAAUUCUGCCAUUUAAGCCUUAUCAAAUAGUUCCAGAGUUUUCAUGGUUCCAAUCUAUCUUAGCGAUGUUUCUCCCGAUAUCUCCCCCUAUAAAAUAUUAUGAUCCUUCCUUUCCAUUAAUAUCUUUCUUAAGAGCAGUCGAGAGUGGCCACAAGGUAGAUAUUUGCAAACUAGUAGAAGAUGUAUGCCAUGACACAGCAUUCUUGCUAACAAAUUUCGAUUAUUUGAUGUCAAAAAAUAUUGAUCACUAUGAAUUCGACCAACAGAUGAAGAAGGACACGUUUUUGAAGAAUCUCUGUCAAUUGUUUACCCAAGAAACAGGUAUUAGUCAUACAAUUGUCUAUGGAAACCCUUUUGAAAUUAAUUUUGAGAAAAAAGAGAACCAUGGACUUGAUAAAAUAGACUCAGACAUGAUUCUAUUUAUUACUGAUUACUCAAUGACCACGAAAACCCAACAAAAGUACAUUCACACCAGUAAACAAAAUUAUUAUUUUAUAUCGUUCGCUUACGAGGUCAAUUCGAUGUCUGGUGUUGAGAUUCAGUUCUACAAUUACGUUACCACCCAGAGAGUCCAUGUUUUUAAAGAAUUCAACAUGAUAAAUUCUCUAUUUGUUUUAAAUCAGAUGUGGAAGACCAAUUAUAAGCCAAAGAGAGUAGAUAUGGCUUAUCUAUACGUUUCUGAACACGUUUAUAACUCAAUUAAUUGUUUUAGAAUUAAUUCUCCAUUUUAUAAUUUUAAUCCUCAGAAAAUUGAUAAUCAAACAGAUAAUGAUAAUGUUACGAUGUUCUUUCCAUCUGAAGGUAAGUUUUUGGCCAUACCUUCUUUGUUUCCCGUUGGAGAAAAUCCGAAAAAAAUUAUUAUUCCGAAAAAGUUAGCUUCCAAUGGAUUUCAAAUCAUUUAUUUAGAACAACAUGAUUUCUCCUAUGUUCCUAUUGUUUCUUCCUUGAAUUCAGUAAAUCAAAUUAUUAUUGAUUCAAUUAAGAACUUUUCCUGGUAUCAGAAGCUCGUCAAUGUCUUUUUCAAGAAUAAUAAUGAUGAUCAGCUCAUUAACAAUGAGUUUGUUGAUGAAAUUAACAGAGAUUUUUUUGAAUCUGAAAAUAUUCAAUGUACAACAGAAAACUUGAAGGAGAUAAUUAGUGAUAAGCUAAAUAUCGGUGAAAAUGUAUCUAUUACUGAUGCUUUGGCUGAUUUUGCGUUGAAUAAUUUCAGAAUUGUUCGGAUUAUUGGAAAACAGAUCACGAAAGUGUUUGAUAACAGCAAUUACAUGAUUCCUAUGCCACUUGAUGACUUGUUUAUAUUGAGAAUCCAUAUGUUUGGCACAAGUUCGAGUUUUUUCAAUGAAAAAUCGAAUGAAUAUAUAACAAGAGUCAAAUUUAACAUGAGACACAAAUUUUCUAACACAGAAAUAAUCGAAACUGUUCGAUUUCCUUGUAUUUAUUAUUUUCCAAAAAUUAGACAGAAAAAAAUGGAAAUAAUUUGCGAAAAACAGAACUUGGACAUGAACACAAGUAAACUAGUAGAAGAUUACAUUAAGAAGAUUACUUACGUACCUGAAUUAGUUAUAACCAAAUCAAAAUUAUAA